AGUCCUGACCGAGGUAAACAGGCAGGGCAAGAGUGGGGACAGACAGAACACAGCAGCCCGGGGCGCGCGCGUCCCGGCGGGGCCCCCGAACCCUCUCCCCGCCACCCCGGAGCCCGGGGCCCGCGCAGCCUUCCAGAUCCUUCCCGGGCCGCUCCUCCUCCCGCGUUCCCCGCUCGGGGCCGCUUCCCCGCCCCCGCGCCGCCGCAUUGGCCGCUGCGGCAGGGACGCGACACGGGCGGCGGCCGCGACCCGGAGCUCGGGGUGGCCCGAGCAGCCCGCUGUCCCCGGCGCGCACCCACCCAUGGCCCUCGGGCCGCCGCCGCGCCCCGUCCCGUGCGCUGCUGCCGCCGCCCGCCUGCGGCGCGAUGCCCACCGGCCCGGGUCUGGACCAGGCGCUGAGGAUGCCGCUGGCGCGGAGGUCGCGGAUCGGCUCGUCCGUGGGACCUGCGCGUUCUUCCUCGGGCUACAAGAAAGCAGAGGAUGAGAUGUCCCGGGCCACGUCUGUUGACGACCAGCUGGAGGCACCAGCCCGCACCAUUUACCUCAACCAAACGCAUCUCAACAAAUUCUGUGACAACCAGAUCAGUACAGCCAAGUACAGUGUGUUGACAUUUCUACCUCGGUUCUUGUAUGAGCAGAUUAGAAGAGCUGCGAAUGCCUUCUUCCUCUUCAUUGCCUUAUUACAGCAAAUUCCAGAUGUAUCUCCAACAGGAAGAUAUACCACCCUGGUGCCAUUGAUCAUUAUUUUAACAAUUGCUGGCAUCAAAGAGAUUGUAGAAGAUUAUAAGCGACAUAAGGCAGACAAUGGAGUUAAUAAAAAGAAAACAAUAGUGUUAAGAAAUGGUAUGUGGCAGACCAUUAUGUGGAAAGAGGUGGCCGUGGGAGACAUUGUGAAGGUCAUCAAUGGGCAGUAUCUCCCAGCAGACAUGAUCCUACUGUCCUCCAGUGAACCUCAAGCAAUGUGUUAUGUUGAAACAGCUAAUCUAGAUGGGGAGACAAACCUCAAAAUACGCCAGGGUUUGAGCCUCACUGCUGACAUGCAGACAAGGGAAGUAUUGAUGAAGUUAUCUGGAAUGAUAGAAUGUGAAGGGCCCAAUCGCCACCUGUACGACUUCACUGGAAACUUAAACUUAGAUGGGCAAAGCCCGGCUUCCCUUGGGCCUGACCAGAUCUUAUUAAGAGGUACACAGCUUAGAAACACUCAGUGGGUCUUUGGCAUAGUUGUAUAUACUGGACACGACACCAAACUCAUGCAGAAUUCCACCAAAGCACCUCUCAAGAGAUCGAAUGUUGAGAAAGUGACCAACGUGCAGAUCCUGGUGUUAUUUGGAAUCCUCUUGGUCAUGGCCUUGGUGAGCUCUGUGGGGGCCUGGUACUGGAACGGAUCUCGAGGUGGAAAAAACUGGUACAUCACGAAGAUGGAAAGAAGCUCUAAUAACUUUGGAUACGACUUGUUGACAUUCAUUAUAUUGUACAACAAUCUUAUUCCCAUUAGCCUACUGGUAACUCUGGAGGUUGUGAAAUAUACUCAAGCCCUUUUUAUAAACUGGGACACAGAUAUGUAUUAUGUUGUAAAUGAUACUCCAGCAAUGGCCAGGACAUCGAACCUUAAUGAAGAGUUGGGACAGGUAAAAUACCUAUUUUCUGACAAAACUGGAACCCUUACGUGCAAUAUCAUGAAUUUUAAGAAGUGCAGCAUUGCUGGAGUAACCUAUGGUCAUUUUCCAGAAUUGGCAAGAGAGCCGUCCUCAGAUGAUUUCAGCCGGAUGUGUACUGCCCCUUGUGACUCAUGUGACUUUGAAGAUCCCAGGCUCUUGAAGAACAUUGAGGACCAACAUCCCACAGCUCCUUGCAUCCAGGAGUUUCUCACUCUCCUGGCCGUGUGUCACACAGUCGUUCCCGAGAAGGAAGGAGACGACAUCAUCUACCAGGCCUCCUCCCCGGACGAAGCUGCUUUGGUGAAAGGAGCUAAAAAGCUGGGCUUCGUCUUCACAGGCAGAACUCCAUACUCGGUCAUCAUCGAGGCGUUGGGACAGGAGCAGACGUUCGAAAUCCUUAAUGUCUUGGAAUUUUCUAGUGACAGAAAAAGAAUGUCUGUGAUUGUUCGAACUCCUUCAGGACAACUUCGACUCUAUUGUAAAGGGGCUGAUAAUGUCAUUUUUGAGAGACUUUCAAAGGAUUCAAAAUACAUGGAGGAAACAUUAUGCCACCUAGAAUAUUUUGCCACUGAAGGCUUGAGGACUCUCUGUCUGGCAUAUGCGGACCUCACUGAGAAUGAAUAUGAAGACUGGCUGAAGGUCUACCAAGAAGCCAGCACCAUCCUGAAGGACAGGGUCCAGCGAGUAGAGGAGUGCUACGAGCUCAUUGAGAAGAAUUUGUUGCUACUGGGAGCUACAGCCAUAGAAGAUCGCCUUCAGGCAGGGGUUCCAGAAACCAUAGCAACUCUGCUGAAGGCAGAAAUUAAGAUUUGGGUGUUGACGGGAGACAAACAAGAAACUGCAAUUAAUAUAGGAUAUUCCUGCCGGUUGGUAUCACAAAAUAUGGCCCUUAUCCUGUUGAAGGAGGAUUCUUUGGAUGCCACGAGGGAAGCCAUUACUCAGCACUGCACUGACCUUGGAAAUUUGCUGGGAAAGGAGAAUGAUGUGGCCCUCAUCAUCGAUGGCCACACCCUGAAGUAUGCACUUUCCUUUGAAGUUCGGAGAAGCUUCCUGGACUUGGCGCUCUCCUGUAAAGCCGUCAUUUGCUGCAGAGUAUCUCCUCUGCAGAAGUCUGAGAUAGUGGACGUGGUUAAGAAGAGGGUAAAAGCCAUCACUCUCGCCAUUGGGGAUGGUGCCAAUGACGUCGGGAUGAUCCAGACUGCCCACGUGGGUGUGGGAAUCAGCGGAAACGAGGGCAUGCAGGCGACCAACAACUCAGAUUAUGCCAUUGCACAGUUUUCCUACCUGGAGAAACUCCUGCUGGUUCACGGUGCCUGGAGCUACAAUCGGGUGACCAAGUGCAUCCUGUACUGCUUCUACAAGAAUGUGGUCCUCUACAUCAUUGAGCUUUGGUUCGCCUUUGUUAAUGGAUUUUCUGGACAGAUUUUAUUUGAACGUUGGUGCAUCGGCUUGUACAAUGUGAUUUUCACCGCCUUACCACCUUUCACCUUGGGAAUCUUUGAGAGGUCUUGCACUCAGGAGAGCAUGCUCAGGUUUCCACAGCUCUACAAAAUCACCCAGAAUGCUGAAGGCUUCAACACAAAGGUUUUCUGGGGUCACUGCAUCAACGCCUUGAUCCACUCCCUCAUCCUCUUCUGGUUUCCCAUGAAAGCGCUGGAGCAUGAUGCUGUAAUGUCCAAUGGUCAUGCCACAGACUACUUGUUUGUUGGAAAUAUUGUUUAUACAUAUGUUGUUGUCACUGUCUGUCUGAAGGCUGGUUUGGAAACUACAGCAUGGACUAAAUUCAGUCACCUGGCCGUGUGGGGGAGCAUGCUGAUCUGGCUACUGUUUUUCACUGUCUACUCAACCAUCUGGCCCACGAUUCCCAUCGCUCCAGAUAUGAAAGGACAGGCAACCAUGGUCCUGAGCUCCCCAUACUUUUGGUUGGGGUUAUUUUUGGUUCCUACUGCAUGUCUGAUCGAAGAUGUCGCCUGGAGAGCAGCCAAGCAUACCUGCAGGAAAACGCUACUGGAAGAGGUGCAGGAGCUGGAAACCAAAUCGAGAGUGCUGGGGAAGGCGAUGCUCCGGGGCAGCAAUGGAAAGAGGAUGAACGAGAGGGACCGGCUGUUGAAGCGACUCAGCAGGAAGACCCCCCCAACGCUUUUCCGCACUGGCUCUAUCCAGCAGCCUGUACCCCAUGGAUAUGCCUUCUCCCAGGAAGAACACGGAGCUGUUUCUCAGGAGGAAGUAGUCCGUUCUUAUGACACUACCAAAAGGGAACUGAAGACUAAAUAACAUGGGAACACCGCCCCCACCUUCUACCCAAGAAGGGCGGGUUGUUGCAUCCAAGGUUCACACACCUUUGUAGGAAGUGGCUUUGGUGGCAGCAGCCAAAACAUGGGAAGACACUUUUCAGUGGCCUUAGCCCAGUAGUUUGCUUCUUCUCUCUUCCCUAACAAACCUGGAGCAUAUGCCACAGGGGAAGUUGUUCUUUCCCUUCCAGUCUGUCUGCAGCGCUUGGCCUAAUUUUUGUUUACACUGUUGUGAAGCAUUCAGUUGUGCUCUGUGAGGUGUGAAAUUAAAAGCGUUAUGUCCCACCAAUACUUAAACAUCAACACCAGUGAAUUUGGGAGAACAGUAAGGUUUAGUGUUGGCAUGAGAAACCCAUCUUGCAUAAUUAGGGGGAUCAGGAGCACUCAUAAAUGCACACUCACUUCCUGUUUUAUUAGCACAGAUCAGGCCCACCCAGCUGCAUGUAAACGUCCCAUCAGACAGGUUGCUAUCUUGCUUUGAUUCCAGUUUUGUUUGUUUGAGGUUGACAUAAACUCCUUGAUUGCAGCGAAAUCGCAAAGCUCUUUAGCUGGUGGUCAAUUUGCAGUUGUUUCUUCACACAUUCCCAUUGACAUCUUCCUAGGCGUCUUCCUGCCAGCAUUCCUGCAUCCACUGUACUCAGUGCCUGGCAGCAGGUGAGCAACAUCCUAAAUGGGCCCUGGCCCUCCAGCAGCAGGUGCAGAUAGACGCUAG